GUUUCUGGUAAGGCAAGUGUGAGUGGUGCGCGGAGGACGGUGCACGCAUAAAGGUCGUGUCCCCAGCUGCGGGGUAGAGGUUUCUGAUUUUGAGCAGAAAUGAUGUUCCCGGUCGUUCGAAGUGGGGUUCUUUCCCCGGGAUACCAAGCCACCAAACAUGCCGUUAACAGCCUGUCGUUCACCGGCGCCAAGCAGCUGCUGCCCGCGACAGCUCCUGCAGGAACCCGUCUCGCCCAUACAGACAUCAAAAUUCCAGAUUUUUCAGACUAUCGCCGGCCUGACGUUUUAGACCCCCACAAGUCCUCCCAAGAGAGCAGUGAGGGAAGAAGGACAUUCUCCUACCUGGUGACUGGAACGUCGGCUGUAGUUGGCAUCUAUGCAGCCAAGACGGUGGUCACCCAGUUCGUCUCCUCCAUGAGUGCAUCAGCUGAUGUCCUGGCCCUAUCCAAGAUAGAAGUCAAGCUGGGUGACAUCCCUGAAGGGAAAAACAUGACCUUCAAGUGGAGAGGAAAGCCCUUAUUCGUCCGGCACCGCACAGAGAAGGAAAUCGCCACAGAGAUGGCGGUGAAUGUUGGAGAGUUGCGAGACCCCGAGCAUGACAAGGAUAGAGUGCAAAAUCCUAAGUGGGUCAUCGUUCUCGGGGUGUGCACCCACCUGGGUUGUGUGCCCAUAGCUAAUGCCGGAGACUACGGAGGCUACUACUGCCCAUGCCAUGGCUCCCACUAUGAUGCUUCAGGAAGAAUAAGAAAGGGACCAGCCCCCCUAAACCUGGAGGUUCCUUACUACGAGUUCCCCGAUGAAGAAACAGUCAUCGUGGGAUAAAUGGAGAAGCUCUAUCGAUUCUACCCUCCCUCUAAUACAUUUAGCUUUUUAAGAUAUUUUAGUUCCGGGAGGGCACAUUAUAUAGGCCUUUUAAUAGAAAUGUAUUUAAGGCUGUGCAAUUGAAUUAAUGGGUCCUUUCAAUCCUAAGUAAGUUUUUGUCCUUUCUUAGCUGAUAUUGAUUUCUUUGAGUCAUUGCUACUGCACCACAGAUAUUAAUAAAGUACAUAUCCCAUCCUUA